AUGGCUCAGGAGAAGAUGGAGUUGGACCCAGAGCUGCCUCCGGGUCCCGGCAGGAGUCCGGCAGAGGGCGGCUGUGGCAGCAGCGGAGGCAGAGGUGGAGGCGGCUGCAGCUGCGGCAGCGGCGGAGGGGGCCUCUGGACUUCUAACAGCGCCCCCCUCAUCCAUGGCCUCAGUGACACCUCGCCAGUGUUCCAGGCCCAGGCACCUAGCGCAAGGCCGAACAGCACCACAUUCCCAGGCCACCAUGGCCUGCUGCUCCUGGCCUUCCCCAUCUGCAUGCACAGAAGCCGCUUGCACCAGAUCAAACAGGAGGAGGACAUGGACCUCAUCAACCAAGAGAUGGUCCAUGAGCGCGGGGUCCAGACAGCAAUGCAGAUAAGCCACUCCUGGGAGGAAAGUUUCAGCCUGAGUGACAACGACGUGGAGAAAUCUGCUUCACCCAAGCGCAUGGAUUUCAUUCCUGUGUCACCAGCACCAUCACCCACCCGGGGUAUUGGGAAGCAGUGCUUUUCACCAUCUUUGCAAAGUUUUGUGAGUAGCAAUGGAUUGCCUCCAAGCCCCAUCCCGAGCCCGACGACCCGAUUUACCACCCGGAGAAACCAGAGUCCCAUCAAUUGUAUCAGACCAAGUGUUCUUGGACCAUUGAAAAGAAAAUGUGAAAUGGAAACUAAGUAUCAGCCAAAGAGAUUUUUCCAGGGCAUCACCAACAUGCUUUCUUCUGACGUAGCACAGCUGUCAGAUCCUGGUGUGUGUGUGUCUUCGGAUAUCCUGGAUGGAAACAGCAGCAGUGCGGGAUCUUCUUGUAACUCACCAGCUAAAGUCAACACUACCACCGACUCUCCUGUGUCACCUGCCCAAGUGGUCUCUCCCUUUAUUCCAGUAGAUGAACUUUCGUCUAAGUGAUGUACUCAGCUGGAAACUUUUUGGGGACAGGGCAGGGGAGA